CGAGUUGGGGGGGAGAGCCCUAAUUACGUCCCCGUUUUUAACACCUCCCCAUGACCAUGCAUUCCCAUUCCAACGGCCAAGAUCUCCCCGAGCCCCCCUUCCAGUUCUGCCUCGCCGGCCCCUACUCUGCCGCCGCCGCGCUGGAGACCCAUCCCUUCCGCACCCCCCCACCGCCGCCUCCCGCGGCGAAGACGAAGAGCGCCUCCUCCGGCUAUCAGAGGCCGCCGCCUCGAGAUUCGCGCUCGUUCGAGUUCCGCCUCGCCGGCCCCUCCUCUGCCGCCGCCUCCGCCGCGGCGGAGACGCUUCCCCUUCGCACCCCUCCGCCGCCUCCUGCGGCGAAGACAAAGAGCGUCUCCUCGGCCUAUCAGAAGCUGCCGCCACAGAGGAUGCCGCCGCGGCUGGGGUGGAGGGCUCUUGUGUUCGGGCUGGUGAGGGUGCCGGCGGAGAUGGAGCUGCACGACAUCAGGAAACGCCAGAGGCGGCGGCAGCGGUGGAACUCUGCAGAGGAAUCGGCGGUGCCGCCGCGGCCAGAGUGCCGCGGAGUAGGGCAUGGGCCGUGGAAGCUGAUUCGAUCGCUGAGUUGCCGAGGGUUCGAGAGCACCGCCGUCAUCGCCUCGGCGGCGCCGUUGAGCUUCAUCUAGCACUUGGGAGGAGCGUGACUACGCUAGGAAUGUACAUACGAAGAAAUAAAAUUGUAGCUGAGCCUAUUUAUAUUACGAAUGUAUUACACGUAUUGGUCACUGCACUCAUUCACAAGUUCCAUUUAGAUUGCUGUACUUCAAUUUAACAGAAAGAUGAUGAUUUUUGAGAUGAUGUUAUCAUCACAGUAAUUUUUUUAAAAUAAGAUGUUAGCUGAUCCAUUGAUAUAAUAAAAGUAAUGUUAGAAUUAAAUUUUUGCCAAAAGAAACUCUUAGGUCUUGUUUGGUUGGGGAACUAUAUCUAAAGGUGGGAAUAAACUAUACCCACCCUUAGCAGGUUAUCUCCCAGGGGUGGAAUUCCUACCCCUUUUAUUAAAAAAAUUUUAAAAUUUUAAUUUAAUUUUAAAUUUAAAAAUUAUAGUUUGUAAUUUUAUA